UUUUGUCUAUGCUUUAUCUUUUCAAAAGUUAGGUUAUGUUGUUUUAAAAUAAAUUAUUAAAAAUGUCCCUUUUAUUCAGAAAACCUACAAUUUUUAAUGCGAAAAAUGUGCUACUUAGACAAAACGAUGUACAAAUCUUACUUUUAACGUCUAAAAACUUUAGCGCUGUGCCUACAAUUUACGAUGGUGAAUCAGAUCCAGCGCCGAAGUUUUUCUCGUCAAAUGUCCAGGUUUUGCUGAAACGCCUAACAAGACCUGACUUCAACAAAGUUUUCAGAAAGAGGACAAACAGUGGCUUUCCAGUUCUUAAAACACCGCAGUAUAAAUUCCUGACGACUGAGCAACUCGAAGCCGAGGUUGCCAAGUCCCGCGCAAGGGCCGAUCAACUUUUACAGAUGCCCCCAGUUGUUAAGGUUCAGACACACAUAAAGGAGGUAUUAUCAAGAGAUCCAGCCCUUAUUGGCUUUGACACAGCUAAAUACAUGUUUACAGAUAUCACACUGGGUGUGGACAAUCAACACAGAAUUAUUAUGGAAAGAGAUACAGAUGGUGUACUGCAGAGUUGUGAUCCUGAUGUUAGAAAAAGGUUAAAUCAGAUAUACUUCCCAAUCAAAGGUCGCAAGAUCAAGGAGCCGGUGAUGUUCACAGACCCGGAGCGGUUCAACAGUCUGUUGGACCGGGAGCAGUAUGAGUUUGUACUGGACCGAGCAUGCAUACAGUAUGAACCUGAUGAGCCCUCCUACCAGAAAAUUACUAGUGUUGCCUACCAACAUGUGGAUUCUAGGAAGAACUAUGGCUUGUUAAGAUCAACCCGUCACUUCGGUCCCUUGACCUUCUACCUGACGUGGCACCUUAGCAUGGAGGGCCUGCUGCUGGAGCUGCUGCAGAACAACGUCAUCAGGGAAGCUGUGCUAUUGGUCGCUCUGAGGCAGGAGGUGCACGGCGAUGUGGCCAAUGGGAGCUCGGCCCAGGGACUGGUUGCUGAGAUAAUGAACACGCCAAUCCAACUGUCCAAGCCAGAGAGCCUCACCGAAGAGGACAUCCAGUUGGACACGAAGUGCAUCGACUGCAUCGAGCAGUACAUCUCGGCCAACUCUUCGAUGAAGAGCCAACAGGAACUGGCUCUCCAAGGGUUCCGGGAGUUCUACCAGCAGCUGAUCGACCUCAGCCGCGGAGUGAGGAAGGCGCAUGGAAACGCUUAGUUGUA